UCCAGCCUGAACCCACGCAGCGAAUUAUCCGUAGCCAUUUGGCUCAAGGGAUCGGGCAUUGAUCGCCCUAUUAGGGCCUUUACACACUACUUGCAUACUGCAUCGUUGGUUCCCCAUUUGUUGCCACUUGGUUGUCUACUUCUGCUGGCCAGCUCAAUUUGGUAGGAUGGGGGCUGCUUGGAAGUCAGCGUGGACUAUCUUCCAGGUGAUGGCAUUCACGCCCUCGACACACGCUCUCGCUCUCCAACACGACUUGGCGGGGGCCGACGUGCCGGACGAGACCGGCGCCCUUGAGAGGGUAUUCGCGAAGCUCCAGGCCACAGCGACGGCCCCAACUGCACGGUGGAUCAGAAUGACUGCUACAUCAGGACCGGCGGGUUCAGUGGAGUGCGUCAUCAAUGAGAUCGCAUUUUAUUCCGAUGGAGGCUUCCUUGCCCAAGUGUCAUUGAACGCCGCCAUAUUCUCGGGGAUGGGGCCAUCCAUUGGUCAGUGUUCUGAAUGCAACGGGUUUGAGUGCAGGUCCCCAGACUGCUCGCUUUCCAACAUCAUGGACGGGAAUUGGGCCAUGUCGGGUUCGGCAGGGACUUAUCAUUCUUUCUACACCAUUGGAACAGCUUGGUACUUCGAGUUUGUGACCGCUUCGGCCGUAGGUGGGAUGAAGAUGACCACAGCAGACUGGGGCACAGUGUCAUUCAAGCUUGAGGCAAGCAUUGAUGGCAUUACCUGGAGGGAUUUGGCAGUCUCACCAAGUACAACUAUUAAAGGAGCUGCUAUCGAAUACUUGAUCUCCGAGCCUCCCACGGCUUCCCCCACGCCGGCCCCGACGACGAGCCCGACCUCGUCCCCGACGCCCAGUCCGACGAGCAGCCCGACAAGCAGCCCGACCUCGCCCCAGACGCCCAGCCCGACGCCCUCGCCGACUGACACCAGCCCCACGCCGAUUCCGACAGCGCCCCCGCAAGUUUCCGCGUCUGGCGAUCCGCAUUUGACGAACGUCUACGGUGAGCGAUUUGACCUGAUGCGGCAGGGCCAGAUCUUGCUCAUCAAUAUCCCACGUGGAAAACCUGUGGAUUACGCGCUGCUCGUCGUGCAGGCCGACGUGCGCCAAAUGGGUGAGCAGUGCGCGGACAUGUAUAUCCAGAGGCUGAACAUCACAGGGGCGUGGGCGGACGAGGCGCACGCCGGCGGCCUCACCUUCGAUGCCAAGGCGGCGCACGAGGCAGGCGCCGGGUGGGCGAAGUUCGGCCCGAUGGAGCUCAAAGUCGCCCACGGGCGCACGGAGAGGGGCAUCCCGUACCUGAACUUCUACGCCAAGCACCUCGGGAAGGCUGGCUUUGCCGUCGGAGGUCUGCUGGGAGAAGAUGAUCACACCGAGGUUUCGACGCCCGAGGCAAAGUGCGGCAAACAGGAAAUAUCCCUUUCGCGUCUUUUCGGAACGACGCGUGUAGCGCCGAGUUCGGCUCCGAGUUCUGUCGCGGUGGCGAGCUUGGACUGAGGUCCGAUGGCCCAGUUUCACCCGCUCCUUUUGUUCUGGGCGCGUUCUAGGCCUUUUGCUCCACAGCUCUGGGCGCGUUCUAGGUUUUUGGCUCUUUGGAUUCUUUCGCGUUCCUGUCUCUGAAGCCCCCCUUCGGGAUAGAAAAAAAACCCACGCAGCGAAUUAGUGUGAGCCAUGUAGUGCAAUUCAGCGCAUCGCAAAUCGACGCAAUGCGGUGC